GAAUGGAAGGGCCACGUGCGGACUAUGUGGUCGACCCAGGCGCAUGUCAUGGUGGCUCCGACUGGCAGCUGGGCCGUGUACGGCUCCAUGAUCGAGAAGUCUGUCUGCGGCAAGUUCAAGCCUUCCGUCAUGUCGGGGAGACAGACCGCCAAGACGCCGCCGCCUGAGCAUCUGCUCGUGGUGAUCAAUCCGAAUGCCAGAGAGGGAGCAGCGCUCACAGCUGUGGAGCUCAGUCGGGGCUUCGAUGUCUACAAAGACCCGGCAGACGGCUUGCUCAAAGCAGGAGUGGUGCUGCUGGUUUUCGACGCGCAGCAUCAGAUCGGGUCUAUGAUUGGGAAGCACGUUGGCAAAAACAACAUCCGACAGCUCACCCUCGGCUACCGCGAGCAAGAUUGCUCGGAGUACUACGAGCGAAUGAAGGCAGGCACUUGCGUGAAUCAGUUGGAGACUCUGUACAUCAUUGCCCGUGAGAGUGUGAAGCUCCCGACGAUCGCCCGCAGCCCGGACUUCAGCGGGACCAACAAGGGGAACCUCAUCUGGGACGUCCCGCUGGACCUGCAGGGGGAUGUUCACACGCCGUCACUGCCUCUC